UUUGCGCGGGCCCGCGAGGUGGUUUGCGCGUGCGCAGCAGCUCUCAUUCGGCGCCGUCUUGCUCCGCGGCGGCUCGCGCGUCGUGGGGAUUUUUCUCCAGUAGGCGGCGCGGCCGCGUUGCUCUUGAAGACAGUCUCCAGAGAUUUGUUAGAGGGCAUUCUCAAGAUUCAGCUGAGUUACGAGACCUGAGUUCGGUUCUACAGAGGAAUCUCUUCUGACAGUCCUCCGGCCGCCACCGGCAGGGAGAAGCAAAGGCCACAGAACGGCGAGGAGCCAAUCAGAUCGCACCAAAGCUGGAGAAAAUGAGGCAGCUGCGGGUGCUUUAGAGCACUGCCAGAAGACCCGAGUUCGGGUCUCAGCGUAGACGUGGGGCCGCUCCCCAGCGUAGGUAACUGACUCCUUUGGCUUCUGCGGGCACCUGCUCUCAAGCGCACAUCCCCACUUGCAGAUACACACACCUACACGUGCUGGUAAUGGAGCUUGGGGCCUUUGAUGUGCUAAGCGAGCCCAGCUAAAAUUCUUGGUAUGUACUAUGUUCUCUUUUACAGAGAAGGAAAGAGGUGUCAAGCCCUAAAGUCACUUGAGGAACAGGCAGAGAUGGCAAAGCAUGGUUGGAACCUAGAUCUGUCUGUGCUCCUGGUACAGGGACAUACACUACCACACUUCACAACAGCUACAGUGUUUGUUAAGUAAACUUUUUAUUAGAGUAGAAAUAAGCAAAAGUCUGCACAAACUGUAGAGAACGAUCUAUGAUAGCUGUGAUACUGGCUAGCAGGUGGGUUCCUUUCCUCCGUCAGUUGAAGAAUUAAAAAGCAGGAAAAGAGUUCCACACAAAGUAAAAGUCAAGUUUAUUGGCAAGCAAUGCAGAUACGGAGGGAGGGCGACCUCUGACCGUUAAGGGAGGUUGGGGUUUUAUUUGGGUUUACGGUGUCCCACCUGGUGACUGCCGCUCCUUUCUUCCAUUGAGCUAAUGAUGUUUAUGUGUCCCUUCGGUAAGCAGGCCUUUGUCUUGGUCUACGAGCACGGAAAUAACUGAAUUGUUGAUUGGCUAAGGUAAGAGUGGGCACCCCAGUGUUCUCUCCUUUUUGUGGUGUAACAGGUAUGGAGAGGCCCACAAUAUAUGGGGGAAAGUGGUAUAUGUUUCAGAGAAAUGGAAACUUACUGCUGGGUGCAAACCCUACCAAGAAUUGGAAACUCUAUUUUUGGAGGGGAAAAAAAUUAAAAACUAUUGGGCCCAGGGCCUUAUCCUGUUUUUCAGUCCAUAUAUGUGGGUGUAUAUAAAUAGCUAUAUAUGUAUAUAUAUCAAAAGAAAAAUAGCAAAUAGCAGAUAAUGAAACAUCAUCAAAUUGUGAGUUUAUAACAUUCAGCGGAGAUGACUAGAGAUGCCCCAUCAAGGCAGCUGGAAUCCCCACUGGAAAGCCCCGGGUGGGGCAGAGUAUCCUCUUGGUGGAGGCUUCCAAGAAGAACAAACGCAUACAGAUAACAUCAUCAGAUUGGGCACUUACAGUCAGUCAUCCAUCAAAAAUGAUUCGGGAAGCCCCGUUGAGGCAGCCAGGCUCACUUGGCUGGAACAGAGUACCCUCUCAGGCGAGGCUUCCAAGGAAAAGAACAAAUGCUUGCAGCAGGUAGAUAACAUCAAAGCUGGUGCCUCCAGUCGCCUGGCAGAAACCACCUCUGCUUGGCUGAGAGUUCCAGCUGGGUAGGGGACUCUCACCACGGCUGAGCUUGGGCUCCCGUUUCCCACUUCAGCCAUUUUUAUACCACUGGGUAAACAGCGGCAGCCUCUGGUGCAAGUGUGUGCCUUCCCGCCGUGCACAAGGACACAAGGGUUUGCUGCUGCUGUUGCUUUACAUUUUUUAUUCUGGGGGUGGGAUGCCCAUACUAGAACUUGCAGAUCAGUUCUUGCCUCCUGCCAUCUAAGUCCUGGAAAUCAAACUCGGCCAAGCACCUUUACCCACUAAGCCACUUCACUGGCCCACACACAUUGUGUUUAUAAUUUUAUUUUUAUUUAUGUGUAUGUGUGUGCACCAUGUGCACAUAGAAGCCCUUGGAGGUCAGAAGAGGCGAUGGAAACCCUGGAACUAGAGUUGCAGGCAGUUGUGAAUCACUGAGUGGUGCCAGGAAUUGAACCCAGGUCCUCUGAAAGAGCAGAAAGUGCUCUUAACCACUGAGUCAUCUCUCCAGUCCCCCUCCUGGACACAGUGGUUGUAAGCACACUUAGCUUCUUGCUGUUUUCCUUUCUCCUAGUUAUAGAGUUAGAGGGAUCAGCCUUCCCUCAGACAGGGCUUUGCGGAAGACAGAUUGAGACAAACAUGUUUGGGUCUGGAAUGGAGGGCCCACUCCACUUGUGGGUCCACUUAAUGCGCUCCCAUAGCACAUGACAGUUCACCAAUACAAUGCACACUGCACUGCAGAGCUGUUACCCAGAUCGAUCAACCAAACACAACGCUCCCAGGGCACCCCAUACUCCCUUUGCGCCCAGUAAAAGGAUUCACUCAUACUGACAAAGAUGUCAUUGAAUUUGAAUUUUGAAUUUUCUCCAGACCUGUACAGUAUAGUGUGUUUACCUUUUUAUAAACUUAUCAUUAUAUUGGUAAGAUUCUGUUAUGUGUAAAAAAUAGUUUUCAUUUUUGAAUGAUUUCCACUGGGGAAUAUCCAAAUAUGUUUCUUUCAGUAAACAUAUACAUUUAUUUGGGGACUAUACCCAAGAGUGGAAUUGGUGGCUGAGGGAAUGGCUCAGUCAGUAAAACACAAGCAUGAAGACCUAAGUUUGUUCCUCGGAACCCAUGUACUCCCUGUGCUGAGGAGAUGGAGAAGGGAGAAUUCUAGCUCCUGUGUAGCCUAAUUAGUGCACCCAGGCUGAUAAGAGACUUAAAGGAGGCAGAUGGCAUUCCUGAGGAUGACACCAGGGUUGUCCUUCAGCCUCCCCAUGACCAUGCACCAUGAACAUGUUCACAGACAUGGAAAUGAGCUUUUGUAACUGAGCGGAAUUGGAGGCCAUAGGGGCAAAGUGUAGCUGGAGAGUUUUUUCUCCGGGUCCCGCCAAGUCACAGCAGUCCCGUAGCCCACUUGUAAAAUAAACAUAAAGACGCUUAUAUUAUUUAAACUGCUUGGCCAUUAGCUCAGGCCUAUCAUUGUCUAGCUCUUACUCUUAUGUUCAGCCCAUUUCUAUUAAUCUAUACUUUGCCACGUGGCUCGUGGCUUACCGGCAUCUUCAUGUGCUGUUUGUCAUGGCGGUAGCUAGCAGUGUCUCUCUGCCUCAGCCUUCCACUUCCCAGAAUUCUCCACUCUUUGUCCCGCCUAUACUUCCCGCCAGCUACUGACCAAUCAGCAUUUUAUUUAUACAGACUGAUAUCCACAGCACUGCCACAGCAAAGAAUAUGUUUAGCUUAGUUGCCAUACCAGGAACCAGUUUGUACACAUUGACCAGAAUAUUUUCCUACCCAGCAUGCAUAUUGGGGAUUGUUACACCAAACACUGUAUGCUUACUUUCGGCCAGACAAAUUCCAACCCAUGAUCUGCUGAUUUCAUCAACAUUUACAGAUGAGAAAACUAGAGUGCAGUGAGAAUCACUUCUGCUGUUCACAGAGAGAACCAAUAUGUAGCAGGCUUUCUUUGGGCUGCCAACCAGCUCCCAAACCUUGACACAGAGACUUAAUAUUAGUUAUGAAUGCUUGGCCUUAUCUUAUGCUUGUUCCACUAGCUCUUAUAACUUAAUUUAACCUAUUUCUCCUCAUGUACAUUUUGCCUCAGCCCCUUUUACCUUUCUUUCAUUCUGUAUGUCCUACUCUGUGUCUGUCUGUCUGGCAGCUGCCUGCCUGGCUGACCCCGGGUGUCUCCCUCUCUACCUCGUGUUCUCUCUCAAGCCUAGAUUCUUCCUCCUUAUUCUUUCUGUCUGCCAGCCCCGCCUAUCCCUCUACUGCCUAGCUGUUGACCAUUCAGCUUUUUAUUAGACCAAUCAGGAGCCUUAGGCAGGCAAGGUAAAACAGUAACACAUCUCUACAUAAUUAAACAAAUGCAGCAUAAACAAAUGCAACACAUCUCUACAUAGUUAAACAAAUGUAGCAUAAACAAAUGCAACACACCUUUACAUAGUUAAAUAUUCCACAACACCAGUGGUUCCUGCUCAGUGCCAGCUCUAUGCUCAGAAACUCAGAGUUUAGUCACACCUGGCCCAGCCUCUCUGUUUACAGUCCAAACAUUUUUAAUUUUCCUCAAAGGGAAAACAACAAGAAAAGAAUGGACAACUUUUUAAUUCUACCUUUCACCUUAUAUCUACUAGACAUUCCAUAACCUUACAUCUUAAAAUCUAUGACUUCAAAUCCAUGAUCCGCCCUUUGUUUCUAGUCACUCCAGUUUCCAAGCACUAUGCCCAGUUCUGUGUGGUCCUUGACCAGCACUGUUGUGGCAUAUCCACCAGAGAAGACUGUUUGGAUAUGAGUUUAAGCCAAUAAAGUCUUUACACUGGGUGUUUAAGAUCUCAGUGUAGCACUGGACCUUUCUCAGGGUGAGCUUCUAAGCACAAAGCCAUAUCCUGGUUGACAUACUUCAGUUAACAAGAAGAGUUAGCCAGAAGCAGAACUCAGAGCCCCAAAAGCAGGGUUAGUACAUUUAGAGACUUUCCCAGAGCCAUGGACUUUGAUGGAUUAGGUCUAGGUUUUUGUUGGCUGGUGGUACUGUCUGUGUGCUGAGUUUUACAGCCUGAAUGGCACUUCCAUCAUGGAGUCAGUUGUGUUAACUCAUUUUCUUAUCUUCCACAGCAGCCUUAGAAAGUUGAUGGCAGAAAUAAGAAGUAGUUGUGCAAUUUGUUUCAGUUUUGGUUUUUGAGAUCACUCUCUAUAGCUGUUGACUGGCUUGGAACUCACUCUUCAGACCAGGCUGGCCUCGAACUCAGAGAUCCACCUGCCUCUGUCUCCUGAGUGCUGAGGUUAAAGGUCCUGCAUGAGAAACCAGGCUCUGGAAGUGAAGUUACUUGCCAUGCACUCAGCAAGAAAUCACAGAGAUGGCAUUAAAGUCAGAGUCCAGAGUUGUAACAUCGUCGAUAGUUAUCAUUGAUGUGUUGAACAUCUUAUACAGGUGAGAAACCCGGGAGACCUCGAUGGACUUGGGGAACCCAGGAUCUCAACAUGCUGCUCUCCAGCUGUCUCCAUAAGGACGACGCCCUCCCAGGACUGAAUUGAUCCAUAAGCUCCCAGGGUGUAGCCGCCAGCUGUUCUCACACCCUCUCAGAACACGGGCUGCAGACUCAUCCUCCACCCUUGGCAGGUCUUCAGGGCUCCCCAUUCCACCUGGUCUGAGAGCAUCCUCCUCCUCCUCCAGGAAGUUGGCAUCAUGGGCUUGUCAGGUGACCCAGGGUGUGGCCGAAGGAGCCAGGAAUCUCCACUAUAUAGCCUAGCUUUCAAUCUGGUCCUGCAGCUCCGGGACCGGCAGGCAUGGGAUCCCUGUGGAGCUGGUGGGCCCUCUGGGCCGGAGCAACGCUCCUGUGGGGGUUGACCCAGGAGGCCACAGUGAACUCCAGGAACACUGGUGGGGAAGAAUUCCUCACGGCCUUCCUGCAGAAUUACCAGCCGGGGUACAGCACGGCCUCUCUCCACCUCUUCAUCUCCAGUCUGUCAGAGAGCAUCGCCUCUGUCACCAUCCUCAGCCAGGCGGAUGACACCUCACAGAAGGUCACAGUGAAGCCUGGGGAGUCAGUCAUGGUCAACAUCAAUGCCAAAGCAGAGAUGACUGGCAGCAGCACUUUCCGGCAUGCAGUAGUGGUCCACUCUGACCACCCCAUCUCUGUGCAGGCAUUAAAUGCUAAGCCUAGAACAGCGGAGCUAACCUUGCUCUGGCCUGUUGGAGCCCUGGGCACAGAGUACUUUGUGCUCACACCCCCUGGCAUCUCUGCCCAAUAUGUGAAGGAGUUUGCUGUGGUGGCUGGCAGAGCAGGUGCCUCAGUUACUAUCAGCUUGAAGGCAGGAGUGACAUUCCAUGGCACUUUCCAUCCAGCUGGUAGUAUAUUAACUGUGACUCUGCAGCCUUAUGAAGUAGCCCAGUUACAGAGCACAGCAGAUCUCUCCGGAUCAAGGGUCACAGCCAGUAGUCCAGUGGCUGUUCUUUCUGGCCACAGUUGUGUCCAGAAACACACGAACUGCAACCAUGUGGUGGAGCAACUGCUACCCACAUCUGCCUGGGGAACCCACUAUGUGGUCCCCCCUCUGACCUCCCAGUCCCGCUAUGAUCUAGCCUAUGUUGUAGCCAGCCAGACCACAAAACUGACAUACAACCAUGGGGGCACCAUUGGUUCCCGGGGCCUCCAAAUGGGUGAUGUAGCUGAGUUCGAGAUCCGGCCAACCCGGCCACUCUACCUGUCUGCAGAUGUGGGCAUCCAGGUUGUACUUUUUGGUACAGGGGCCAUAAAGGACCAAGUGACCUAUGACCCUUACCUGGUCCUGAUCCCAGAUGUGGCAGCCUACUGCCCUGCCUAUGUGAUCAAGAGUAUGCCAGGCACUGAGGGUGUGGCCCUGGUGGUCGCACAGACAAAGGCUACCAGGGAGCUAACCAUGGAUGGGCAGGCAUUGGGAGCCAAACUCACCUGGGUGGCUGUGCCGGGCAGUGAGUUCUCCUAUGCAGAAGUGGACCUUGGCACUGCUGACGAGAUGCACACAGCUGAGGCUUCCACCAGCUUUGGGCUGCUCACCUUCGGGCUGGCCCAGGCUGUGGGCUAUGGGACAGGAGCUGCCUGUGGACAGACUCGGCUCUCCCCAGCAGAGGCUUCCUGCCAAGGCAUUCAGUGUACAUCCGGGCAGCGCUGCCAGAUGGUGAGUGGGAAGGCCAGGUGUGUGGCAGAGUCCACAGCUGUCUGCCGCGCCCAGGGUGAUCCCCAUUAUACCACCUUCGAUGGCCGUCGCUAUGACAUGAUGGGCACCUGCUCCUACACCAUGGCUGAGCUGAGUGGAGAGGAUGAGACCCUGCCCGCCUUCAGUGUGGAGGCCAAGAAUGAGCACCGUGGCAGCCGGCAAGUCUCCUACGUGGGCUUGGUCACAGUCUACGCCUACAGCCACUCGGUGUCGCUGGUUCGUGGGGAAACUGGCUUCGCCCGGAUCGACAAUCAGCGCUCCCGUCUCCCUGCCUCCCUGAGUGAGGGUCGCCUGCGUGUGUACCAGAGUGGAACACGAGGUGUUAUAGAGCUGGACUUUGGGCUGGUGGUCACCUAUGACUGGGAUUGCCAGCUGACAGUAAGCCUACCCAAGCGCUUCCAAAACCAGGUGUGGGGGCUGUGUGGCAACUAUAAUGGAGACCCUGCUGACGACUUCCUCACACCUGACGGGGAACAGGCUCCGGAUGCCUUGGAAUUUGCAAAUAGCUGGAAGCUGGAUGAUGGGGACUACCUGUGUGAUGAUGGCUGCCACACUACUUGUCCCUCCUGCACUGCAGGCCAGACCCAGCACUAUAAGGGAGACCGUCUCUGUGGCAUGCUAACUCUGUCCACAGGCCCCUUCUCUGCCUGCCACGAAUUCCUGGACCCCAAGCCUUUCCUGGAGGACUGUGUGUUUGACCUCUGUGUGACUGGAGGGGAACGCCUCAGCCUGUGCCGGAGCCUUAGCGCCUAUGCCCAGGCCUGUGCAGAACUGGGUGUCUCUGUUGGGAACUGGAGGUCACCAACCAAUUGCCCCCUGUCCUGUCCAGCCAACAGCUGCUAUGAUCCCUGCAGCCCUGCCUGUCCAGCCUCCUGCAACUCAGAAGCUGCACCGACCAACUGCUCUGAGCGCCCUUGUGUGGAGGGCUGCGUGUGCCUUCCAGGCUUUGUGGCUAGUGGUGGUGACUGUGUGCCUGUGUCAUCCUGUGGCUGCACCUUCCAGGGCCGCCCCCUGGCCCCUGGUCAGGAAGUGUUUGCUGAUGACCUGUGUCGGCAACGCUGCACCUGUGAUGCAGCCACCCAGAAGGUGAUCUGCAGGGACACAUCAGGAUGCCCUUCUGGGGAGCGCUGCCGCGUGCUGAACGGCCUCCUGGGUUGCUACCCAGACAACUUUGCCAGCUGCCAGGCAUCGGGAGACCCGCACUACGUGAGCUUUGAUGGAAGACGCUUUGACUUUAUGGGGACCUGCACGUACCUGCUGGUGGGCUCGUGCGGCCAGGAUGCCGCGCUGCCUGACUUUAAGGUGCUGGUGGAGAAUGAACAUCGAGGAAGUCAGACUGUGAGCUACACGAGAGCUGUGCGUGUGGUGGCCCGUGGUGUCGAGGUGGCGGUGCGCAGGGAGUACCCCGGAAGAGUGCUGGUGGAUGGCAUCCUUCAGUACCUGCCCUUCCAGGCUGCAGGCGGGCAAGUUCAGGUGUUCCGCCAGGGCAAUGAUGCUGUCGUGCGCACAGACUUUGGCUUGACUGUUACCUUCAAUUGGGAUGCUCAUGUGACUGCCAAGGUGCCCAGUAGCUAUGCUAAAGCUGUGUGUGGGCUCUGUGGGAACUUUAAUGGGGACCCAUCUGAUGACCUGGCUCUGAGGGGUGGAGGCCAAGCUACCAGCGCACUGGACUUCGGAAACAGCUGGCAGGAGGAGAUAAUACCUGGCUGUGCAGCAACUGAUCCUGGUGACUGUCCCCAGUUGGACUCCCUUGUGGCCCAGCAACAACAAAGCAAAAAAGAAUGUGGGAUCCUUGCUGAUCCUGAGGGUCCCUUCAGGGAAUGUCACAAGUUGCUGAACCCCCAGGGUGCUCUACGUGACUGUGUCUAUGACCUCUGCCUGCUGCCCGGUCAGCCCAAGCCACUGUGUGAUGCCCUGGCUGCAUAUGCUGCUGCAUGCCAGGCUGCUGGGGGCACUGUGCAUCCCUGGAGGAGUGAGACGCUUUGCCCACUGACCUGCCCACCUAACAGCCACUACGAGCCAUGUUCCUACGGAUGCCCGCUGUCCUGUGGAGACCUGCCAGUGUCCCAAGGCUGUGGCACAGAAUGCCGAGAGAGCUGUGUUUGUGAUGAGGGCUUUGCCCUCAGUGGUGAGUCUUGUGUGCCUCUGGCCUCCUGCGGCUGUGUACACCAGGGCACCUACCACCCACCAGGAGAAACCUUCUACCCUGGACCUGGAUGCGAUUCUCUUUGCCACUGCCAGGAAGGUGGCCUGGUUUCCUGUGAGCCCUCAUCCUGUGGCCCACAUGAGGCUUGCCAACCAUCCAAUGGAGUCCUGGGCUGUGUGGCUGUGGGCACUACCACCUGCCAGGCUUCAGGAGAUCCUCAUUACAUCACCUUUGACGGCCGCCGCUUUGACUUCAUGGGCACUUGUGUGUAUGUGCUAGCGCAGACUUGUGGAACCCGGCCCGGCCUACACGAGUUCACUGUCCUGCAGGAGAAUGAGGCCUGGGGCAAUGGGCAAGUCAGUGUGACCAAGGCCAUCACAGUCCUGGUGGCCAACCACACCCUGCGACUGGAGCAGAAUCAGUGGAAGGUCAAGGUGAACGGCGUGGACAUGAAGAUGCCUGUGGUGCUGGAUGGGGGCAAGAUCCGUGUCUCUCAACAUGGGUCUGAUGUUGUGAUUCAAACUGAUUUUGGCCUGCGUGUGGUCUAUGACCUCUCGUACUAUGUGCGGGUCACCAUCCCAGGCAACUACUACCAGCAGAUGUGUGGCCUGUGUGGGGACUACAAUGGGGACUCCAAGGAUGACUUCCAGAAGCCAGAUGGCUCACAGGCAGCCAGCCCGAGUGACUUCGGUAACUCCUGGGAGGAGGCUGUGCCCGACUCGCCCUGUGCGCCAGUGCCUCCCUGCACAGGAGACAGCUGUGGUGCUGAAUGCAGCCCUGAGCUGGAGGACAAGUAUCACGGGGUGCAGUUCUGCGGGCUGCUCACCAGCUCCACAGGGCCACUGGCUGCCUGCCACAAGCUGCUAGACCCCCAGGGUCCCUUGGAAGAGUGUGUCUUUGAUCUCUGCCUGGGUGGCGGGAACCUGAGCAUUCUCUGCAACAACAUCCAUGCCUACGUGAGCGCCUGCCAGGCAGCUGGGGGGAAAGUCGAGCCAUGGAGGACUGAAACUUUCUGUCCAAUGGAGUGCCCCCCUCACAGCCACUAUGAGGUCUGUGCAGACACCUGUUCCCUGGGCUGCUGGGCUCUCAAUACCCCACAGCAGUGCCCAGAAGUGUGUGCUGAGGGCUGUGAGUGUGACUCCGGCUUUCUGUACAAUGGCAAAGCCUGUGUGCCCAUCCAGGAAUGUGGCUGCUACCACAAUGGGGUCUACUAUGAGCCAGAGGAGUCAGUUCUCAUUGAAAAUUGCCAGCAGCAGUGUGUGUGCCACUCAGGAGAAGGCAUGGUGUGCCAGGAUCACAGCUGCAAGCCAGGACAGGUGUGCGAGCCCUCAGGAGGCAUCCUGACCUGCGUCACCAAAGACCCAUGCCAUGGUAUCACUUGCCGGCCACAGGAGACCUGCAAGGAUCAAGGCGGUCAGGGCGUGUGUGUGCCCAACUACAAUUCUACAUGUUGGCUGUGGGGUGACCCUCACUACCACUCCUUCGAUGGUUGGAACUUUGACUUCCAGGGAACCUGCAGCUACCUGCUGGCAGGAACUGUCUGUCCUGGGGUCAAUGCUGAGGGCCUGACUCCCUUUACUGUCACAACCAAGAAUGAGAACCGGGGCAACCCUUCUGUGUCCUAUGUGAGACUGGUUACUGUGACCGCCCUCAAUGUCAACAUUUCCAUCCACAAGAAUGAGAUUGGCAAAGUCCGGGUGAAUGGAGUUCUGAAGGCCUUGCCUGUCUACCUGGCUGGUGGGCAGAUUUCAGUGGUUCAUGGAGGCUCCAAGGCUGUGCUGGUGACUGACUUCGGGCUUCAGGUCACCUACGACUGGAAUUGGAGGGUAGAGGUCACGCUGCCCAGUAGCUACCAUGGUGCAGUGUGUGGGCUCUGUGGAAACAUGGACAAAAACCCCCAAAAUGACCAAGUCUUCCCUAACGGCACAGUGGCACCCUCAAUACCCACCUGGGGUGGCAGCUGGCAGACUCCAGGGUGGGACCCUCUUUGCUGGAAUGAAUGUCAGGGCUCCUGUCCAAUGUGCCCAGAGGACCAAGUGGAGAAGUAUGAGGGUCCUGGCUACUGUGGACCUCUGGCUCCUGGCACAGGGGGUCCCUUCGCCAGCUGCCAUGCCCAUGUGCCUCCUGAAAGUUUCUUCAAGGGCUGUGUGCUGGAUGUCUGUCUGGGUGGUGGCAUCAAAGACAUACUUUGCCAGGCACUGGCUGCCUAUGCUGCUGCCUGCCAGGCUGCUGGCAUCGAAAUCAAGGACUGGAGGACUCAGGCAGGCUGUGAGAUCGCCUGUCCUGACAACAGCCACUAUGAGCUCUGUGGCCCACCCUGCCCAGCCAGCUGCCCACCCCCUGCACGCCACACAACCCCAGCUGCGUGUGACGGGCCCUGUGUGGAGGGGUGCCAGUGUGACCAGGGCUUUGUGUUGAGUGCUGAGCAGUGUGUUCCGCUGGACGGUGGCUGUGGCUGCUGGGUCAAUGGCACAUACCAUGAACCAGGCACUGAGUUUUGGACUGAUGCCACCUGCUCUAAGAGGUGUCACUGUGGACCUGGAGGUGAAUCCCUGGUCUGCACAUCUGCCAGCUGUGGGCUGGGUGAAGAAUGUGCCUUGUUGCCCUCUGGCCAGCUCGGCUGCCAGCCUACAAGCACAGCUGAGUGCCAAGCCUGGGGUGAUCCCCAUUACAUCACUCUAGAUGGGCACCGGUUUGACUUCCAAGGCACCUGCGAGUACCUGCUGAGUGCACCCUGCCAUGCGCCACCCACAGGGACUGAAUACUUCAAUGUCACUGUGAUUAAUGAGCACAGGGGCAGCCAGGCUGUCAGCUACACCCGCACUGUCACUCUGAGCAUCUAUGGCCUCAGCCUGACCCUUAGUGCCCGCUGGCCCAGGCAGCUGCAGGUGAACGGAGAGUUCGUUGCUCUGCCCUUCCAUCUGGACCAACGACUGAGCAUUUACCUAAGUGGAGCAGAUGUGGUGGUGAACACUGCCUUUGGGCUCUCCCUGGCUUUUGACGGGGACAGUUUCCUGCGCCUGCACGUACCUGCAGCCUAUGCAGGCGCCCUCUGUGGCCUGUGCGGGAACUACAACAAAAAUCCCAACGAUGACCUGACCGCAGUAGCAGGGAAACCCGAGGGCUGGAAGGUUGGAGGAACUCCAGGCUGUGACCAGUGCGUGACUGAGCCUUGCCCACAGCCCUGCACACCUGAGCAACAGGAACCCUUCCGUGGCCCUGACGCCUGUGGCAUAAUCUCGUCCCCCGAAGGCCCACUGGCACCCUGUCACAGCCUCGUGCCGCCCACACAGUACUUUGAGGCUUGCUUGCUGGAUGCCUGUCAGGUUCAGGGCCAUCCAGGAGGCCUCUGUCCUGCCAUCGCCACCUAUGUGGCAGCUUGUCAGGCUGCUGGGGCCCAACUUGGAGAGUGGAGGAAGCCAGACUUCUGUCCUCUCCAGUGUCCUGCCAACAGUCACUACCAGCUCUGUGGUGACUCCUGCCCUGUGAGUUGCCCAAGCCUCUUGCCCCCAGAGGGCUGUGAAACCACCUGCCGUGAGGGCUGUGUCUGUGAUUCUGGCUUUGUGCUCAGUGGUGACACCUGUGUGCCCGUGGGCCAGUGUGGCUGCCUCCACAAUGGACGCUACUACCUGCUAGGUGCCACAUUCUACCCAGGCCCUGAGUGUGAGCGGCUCUGUGCGUGUGGGCCAGGUGGCCAGGUCAGCUGCCAGGACGGUGCAGACUGCGAGCCCUAUGAGGAGUGCCGGAUAGAGAAUGGCAUCCAGGCCUGCCAUCCCUCUGGCUGUGGCCACUGCCUGGCUAAUGGGGGCAUCCAUUAUGUCACCCUUGAUGGACGGGUGUAUGAUCUUCAUGGCUCCUGCUCCUACAUCUUGGCACAAGUCUGUCACCCGAAACCUGGAGAGGAGGAGUUUUCCAUUGUGCUUGAGAAGAACUCAGCUGACGACCCCCAACGUGUGGUGGUUACAGUGGACGGCCACAAUGUGGUCCUGGCUAAAGGGCCACAGGUGACUGUGGAUGGUGAAACUGUGGUCCUGCCUGUGACGAAAGGCCAUGUGAGUGUGACUGCUGAAGGCCGAAACAUGGUUCUGCAGACAAGCAAGGGGCUGAAGCUUCUCUUUGAUGGUGAUGCCCACAUCCUCAUGUCCAUCCCUAGUCCCUUCCGUGGACGGAUCUGCGGCCUCUGUGGGAACUUCAAUGGGAACUGGAGUGAUGACUUUGUGCUGCCCGAUGGAACAGUAGCCCCCAGUGCAGAGGCCUUUGGAGCUGCGUGGCGAGCUCCCGGCUCCUCUUUGGGCUGUGGUGAAGGUUGUGGGCCCCAAGGCUGCCCUGUGUGCUUGGCAGAGGAGACAAAAUCAUAUGAGAAAAAUGAAGCCUGUGGGAAGAUCCAAGACCCCCAAGGUCCCUUCAAAGACUGCCACCAGGUUCUGAGUCCCUUGGAAUACUUCCGCCAAUGCGUGUAUGAUCUGUGUGCCCAUAAGGGCAACAAAACAUACCUCUGCCGUAGCCUGGCAGCCUACACUGCAGCCUGCCAGGUAGCUGGUGCACCCGUGAAGCCCUGGAGGACAGACAGCUUCUGCCCUCUCCGGUGUCCCGACCACAGCCACUACUCUGUGUGCAUGAGCUCCUGCCAGGGCUCCUGUGCUGCCCUCUCUGGCCUCACCCAAUGCACCACUCGCUGCUUUGAAGGAUGUGAGUGUGACAAUCACUACCUGCUCUCCCAGGGUGUGUGCAUUCCUGCCCACGACUGCGGCUGCACCUACAAUGGCCAAUAUAUGCCGGUGAACACCUCACUGAUGACUUCAGACUGCAGUGAGCGCUGUUGCUGCUCCUCAAGAACCGGCCUGACAUGCCAUGCAGCUGGCUGCCCAUCUGGCCACAUCUGUGAGCUCCAAGGAGGAGUCCGGAACUGCCAGCCUGCCCGUGGCCUCUGCUCCAUCUCUGUGGGGGCCAACCUCACCACCUUCGAUGGGGCUCACAAUGCCAUCAGCUCCCCUGGUGUCUAUGAGCUUUCUUCUCGAUGCCCGGGACUCCAGAAGACUGUGCCCUGGUACCGUGUGGUUGCUGAUGUCCAGCCUUGCCAUGGCAAUGACAAUGUUGUGGACAAGGUCCACAUCUUCUUCGAGGAUGGAAUUGUGACUGUGACCCAAAGCAAGGGCGUGUGGGUGAAUGGUCUCCGAGUGGAUCUCCCAGCUGAUGUGUUAACAUCUGUGUCUGUGAGGAGGAUGCCCGAUGGCGCCAUGCUCGUCCAUCAGAAGGCAGGGGUCCAGGUCCGGCUUGGAACCAGUGGGCAGCUGGAUGUGAUGGUCGGUGAUGACCAUGCAGCCCUGCUGUGUGGGGCCUGUGGAAACUUUGAUGGGGACCAGAAAAAUGAUGUGCUUGACUCCCAGGAGAAGUGGAAAGCACAGGACUUCUCCUCAUGUUCCAACUGAUCAGUCAUCACUGGCAAUGGACACUUCAAGACCUGCCUCUUCCAGAAGUUCCAGUGACUGAAGGAUGUCCUGUGUGUCCCCUCCCUGUCCCUCCCCUUUGCUGAGCCACUAAGGCCAAAUCUGGAAGCAUUGAGUAAAUAUCUAGACCCAAGUUGCA